GCUAUAUCUCGCCCGUAUCGAGUCAGCAUGUCCUGCAUCGCCGUUCCGACCUUGUCGAGGUCAUGCAGUCGAUAUGCUCAACCUCUCUCUCUCCAAGCUUUGCGUUAUCUCCACACCUCUCGCCCUUAUCUUCAGGACGCCGUCAAACCAUCCGUCAAAUUGAUCGCUACGUUGCGGAAAUCUCGACCUGUACCCAUGUCUCUGGCGAAAGAGGCCCUGACAGCUUGCAACAAUGAUAUGAAGCUUGCUGAAGAGUACUUGGACAAGCAUCUGUCCUCAUCAGCAGCAAAGUCUGCCAAAUUAUCCGGAAGAACGACAAACGAAGGGGUCAUUGCGGUUUCUAUAUUAUCGGGAAAACGUGUAGGCAUGGUUCAACUAGGAUGUGAAACGGAUUUCGUAGCUAGGAACGAGGUCUUCGUCAAGACUGCCAGUGGGAUAGCCUCGACUGCCGCCUUCUUGGACAUUCCAAUGGAAUUCGAACCUCAUCAACCGACGUUGGGAGCCGAUCCAAUCUUGACUUUCCCAGUUUCAGCAUUGUCAUCCGCACCUGUCAUCUCUUUACCUUCUUCCUCAUCCCGAGAGGAAGGCGAUCCAGCUCCGAUAUCCUCAUCCGAGCCACAGACCGUUCAACAAUCCCUCAAUGCGGCUUUAGGGACCACAGGGGAGAAUCUCAGACUGCUGCGUGCAGUCACAUUCGCAGCGCCUUUCCCUUCCAGCAAGGAUGUACGAUUCGUUCCGGGUUGCUAUGCUCAUGGUGGAAAGUCCGAUGCGGACGGGAGGGUCGGAGCAGUCCUUGUCCUGGGAGUCACAUCACUAGACAGUGACAAGCCUAUAGCGACGUUAAUUCAUGGACCCGGAGGUCAAGAUUUGGAGCAGAGCCUAUUAAAACUUGCUCGCACGAUUGCGAGACAGAUUGUCGGAUUCCCGACCAAAGUCAUCAGUCGAAAGAGCGGGAAAGAGGCAGUGGAAGAGGGCGAAGCCCUGAUGGAUCAACCAUUCAUGAUGAUGGGCGAAGAGAGGCGAGUAGGCGAAGUCUUGGCUGAGUGGGGAAAAGAGCGCGGCAUCAAAGUCCAGGUCACAGGUUUUAGGCGAUGGGCCGUCGGUGACGCUAUCGCAUCAGGUACUGUCGAGGAGAGCAGUUCAUAAUGACA